GUCGUAUGAGGCAUUUGAAAUUCUGCUCUCCCAGUGAAAGCAAGUCAAAACACAAUACAGUUUGUUUUUAACACCAAUACAUCCCCAAAUUAGGGAGCCAAAAAUCAAAGAGACUAGUAGGAUGCCACGCAGAAACAAGAGCACCUCGGCCAAGGCACACUCUGCCAGCCAUCUGCCGGUGGCGCAGCCCUCUAACAAGGACUCGGUGGUAAGAAGCACUGGCGGCGCCUUCAAGGAUGUGGCCGCCCAUGCUGCGGGCGUGGCAGCCGGCUCGGCCGUGGGUCAUGCCGUGGGCGCUGGCAUAAUAGGUUUGUUCCACGGCCCCAAGAGCCAAGUCAAGCACAGCGACCUUGUCCAAGAGGGUCCUUGCGCCUUCGAGAUGAAACAGUUCCUCAAGUGCACCGAGGAGAACGCCGAUCUGAAUGUCUGCAAGGAGUUCAACGAUGCUGUCCGCAACUGUCAUCAUCAUUACAAUUUGUAGGGCGGAGAACUAUUUUCAAAUAAUCUGUAAUCAAUUGCCUCUAACACAUUGUUGGGCAUAAUAAAUUCGAAUAGUUGCAUUGUUUUCAUAA